GUCUGGGCGAUGUGUUUUGUAAUACAGUAAUUUGUAUUUAGUGCUGACGAACAUCUGGGCUAGUGGAAGAGUUAGUUUAUCGAUAAUAAUAAAAUAAAAUAAAUCAUAAAGGGGUAAAUGGCUGCCUCCCAGUCAUCGGGCACCACUAAACGGAGGAACAAGAAUGUGUCAAACGGGGUGAAUGGCAGUGAGAAGGAGCAGCUAGGACAAUGGGGCAGAGCCUGGGAGGUGGACUGGUUCUCGCUGAUCAGUGUCAUCUUGUUGCUGUGUUUCGCUCCCUUCAUAGUGUUCUAUUUUGUGAUGGCCUGUGACCAGUACGACUGCUCUGUGACUGAGCCCGUAGCCGACUUGUACACAGGGAAAUCCAGUCUACCAGAUAUCUGGAAUCGGGCGCCUUCCUUCACCUGGACUGCUGCAAAAAUCUACUCCAUCUGGGUUACCUUUCAGAUAGUGCUGUACAUGUGCCUUCCAGAUUUGUGUCACAAGUUUCUGCCAGGAUAUGUGGGCGGGGUUCAAGAAGGUGCACGCACCCCGGCAGGCACAGUAAAUAACUACGAGGUCAAUGGCUUACAGUGCUGGAUUGUAACUCACGCUGUUUGGUUUGCAAAUGCCUACUACUUCAAAUGGUUUUCCCCUACUAUCAUUUUCGAUAACUGGAUUCCACUGCUUUGGUGCGCCAAUAUCUUGGGCUAUUCUGUCUCCACUUUUGCUUUUAUUAAGGCGUACUUGUUUCCCACAAAUGCAAAAGACUGCAAAUUCACUGGGAACUUCUUCUACAAUUACAUGAUGGGAGUGGAGUUUAAUCCCAGGAUUGGGAGCUGGUUCGAUUUUAAGCUCUUCUUCAACGGACGCCCUGGAAUCAUAGCCUGGACCCUCAUCAACCUCUCCUAUGCAGCCAAACAGCAGGAGCUCUACGGUCGGGUGACCAACUCCAUGAUCCUGGUCAACGUUCUCCAGGGUAUUUACGUGUUGGAUUUCUUUUGGAAUGAAGCCUGGUACCUGAAAACCAUUGACAUCUGCCAUGAUCAUUUUGGGUGGUACCUUGGUUGGGGAGACUGUGUGUGGCUCCCCUUCCUCUACACGCUCCAGGGACUGUACCUGGUCUACAAUCCAGUCCAGCUUUCUACUUCUAAUGUUGUUGGAGUCCUACUCUUGGGCCUCGUCGGCUACUAUAUCUUCAGGAUGACCAAUCAUCAGAAGGACCUGUUUCGCCGCACUGACGGCAACUGCAAGAUCUGGGGCAGGAAACCAGCGUACAUUGAGUGCUCCUACACCUCUGUCGACGGCACGAAACACCAGAGCAAGCUCAUGAUCUCUGGCUUCUGGGGGGUGGCGCGCCAUUUCAAUUACACCGGUGACCUGAUGGGGUCCCUGUCCUACUGCCUGGCCUGUGGUUUCGGCCACCUCCUUCCUUAUUUCUACAUCAUCUACAUGACAAUCCUGCUGGUGCACCGUUGUAUCCGUGACGAACACCGCUGCUCCAGCAAGUACGGCACAGGCUGGAAGCGCUACACAGACGCAGUGCCCUGUCGGAUUUUACCUGCCAUUUUCUAGAAUUCACAUUUUACAUCAGGGAUGGAAAUAACACCCCCAAUUGCAUAGCGGUUUGAUCCAUUCCUGGUUUUGCUAUGAGGUUAAUC